AUGGACAGAGAGGACAAAAGACGAUUCUUGGUCAUAGGAUCCGUCACAAUGGAGAUAGUGGCUCCAUUGUUCCAAAAACGAGUUAAAGAUGAUUACUUUCGAAAAGGCAUGAAUGACUUACAGUCCUAUUUGGAUUCAACACCGGUGAAACAUAUAUUGUUCCACUUGUGUUUUAGAAAUGCAUAUUGCUGUACAGACAGAUUGAACUGCUUUACUCAACAUUGCUUUCCUUUGAAAUUGACCACCUUUAACUCCCUUUAUCAAAGAGGAAGAACGUCAGGACAUUCAUGUCACUGUAAUUUCUUUGCGAAUCCUGUUCAACUUGAUGAUCUGUCCGUAGCGCUUUCGAGUUUUAUUUUACUGAAUUGCUGCAAUGUCAGUCUAGCAGAUAAAGAUGCAAUUAAAAACUUACGAAAAAUGAAAAAUGAGUUCUUAACCCAUAACAAAAAUGGUGGAAUUACACAGAAAGAAUACAACACAUUAUGGCCAGAUAUUACCAACUGGUUGUUACAGCUCGACCCAUCCAAACAAGAUGACCUGAUAAGAUUAAAAAAUAGACCAUUGGAUGAGGGUCUAUACACUAAGUACAGCACAGAGCUUUUUGAUAUUCAUUCAAAAUUGGAAGAGAUACAUUCUGAAUUCAACGAGAUAAAGGACUUUACAAUAAAAGGCAGAGAAGAUUCGAGAAAAAUGUUGGAUAGAAUGGAAGAAUCAAAUAAUUUGUUCUUGGCAAAUAUGGAAGUUUUUCAGAGCACUAUAACUGAAAUAAAAAACACAGCACCAUCACAACGGAGCGAAACUGUUGAAACACAAGACGAGAAAAAUAUCAUCCAGUACAGAGGUUCCAGUGACGUGGACGUACCAAACCUUACAAAUGUUCGGAAAAUAAGCAAACUUCGUAUGGUUGUAGAUCAGACACAAAAUGCUUCCUUUACCAUGUUCUCUGAAGGAUCGCAUGUUCAAGUAGGAACCAUUGUUGUUGGAGACCAAAAUAUAACAAUGACAGACGUGGAUGGGAUGUCGCAAACUACAACCAAUACCCAAAAUAUAGACUCUACACCGACACAAAAUAAUACAUUAUCAUUAAACACCAAUUCCUUAUUUCUUUUAAUGUUAUUAUUACCUUGUGUUAUAGUUAUAUUUGUUCAGAAUUUUCUUGCUUAGUUUUUGUAUUUUUCUCUAGUUAUAUGUUUUCAUUAUCAUUUGUUUUAAAUUACGUUCGCUGGUUAAGAAGGCAAUGGUAAAAAAAAAUUAUG